AGCAGCCACAACGACCAGCGGACCGCCCAGCAAGUGGGCGCGUUGCGCACUACCCUUACGCUUCUGAAUGACUUUGAAUCGUUUUACGAUAAUAUCCUUGUCACGUUUCCAUGCGUUCAGCUCAUGGAUACCACUCCGGAUGCGGCUGAACAGAUGAUGCCCAUUCUUUCCCGUCAAUACUACCAACUUGCCGACUGGGUAGUGCUGGUGGAGGUGAGUACCACGCAACCCCCCAUCACAGAGACGUGGGUUCAGUCCGUUGACCGUGAGGCAUCAACGUUGGUUCUGCGCCGCACGGACAUCGCAUCCCCAUGGGGGCUUAUCUUUAAUCAAUGCGGACAAAUAGUGGACAUUGACACCUCGCUUCGUAGCGUUUCUGAGGAAGGGGAAGAGUUGCAUCGACUCCUUUGCUGCACUACAGAAGGGGCUAAAAUAGUCGCCGUGAACUCAACGACAAUUCCAGAUAUCUCGUCUGUUGGUGCGGAAGAAGUUUUGGAGAUUUUUAAGAAUGCCACCAAGUCGAAUAAGCGUAUCGCUAUUCAAUUGGCCAACGGUGCACUUAAACAGCCUUCUGUGCAGCAGUUGGCCUUUCUUUUGCCCAACCAAGGAGGUGAGGGCUCAUCCGGGCAACGGGCAACGCUUGUCUUGCACCGCCCUGAUCGAAGCAUGCCGUGGGGAUGUGAGCUAAAGGAAGAAUUAAUUGUAAGCGGUUUACCCAAGCGAUGCACAUCGGUGAGGGCAAGGAAUUUCCUCGCAGACUACCGCGGACGUGUCGCUCUGAUGGCGGUCAAUGGGGUUGAGGUUACAACAGUCGCGCAGGCCGAGGCAUUGUGUGCCCACACAGAGACGAUUGUAAUGAAUUUUGUAGUUGUGGCCCCUUCCAUGGCGGAACGGAGCAAAGGGUCCCUAUCGGAGAAGGUGUCCUUGGCGCUCACUCAGGAUCAGAUUGAAAAGGCGAGGGAAAAACCACUUGUGGGUAAGAAGAGUGCCAAGCAAUCUGGAGAAAGGAAAAAGAAGACAAAGGGCCAGCAACAAAGAAAACAGCACGAAAACGCCGAGGACCUGGAUGCGAAGGCCGAUGAUGUUUACACUGCAGAUGCGAAUGAGGCAGAGGAAUUGACGGCAGAGCCAGAUAAGCAUGCGGAAGAAGAUGAUGUGAAGGAGACGUACCCAAUGGUCGCCGACGAUGAAGCCACACCGGACGACACAUCAGGUAUGGAGGGAAAGCUGCAGGAGGGCUCAAAGGAGACGGAGGAGAGGCUGCCGGCAGCAGGCGAAACUCCUGAGCCUCUCGUGUUACCCAACAAUAUCACGAUAGAGCUAUUGACUCCAGAGGAAAUGGUGAUACGCCGCGACUCCAGUGAAGAGAAGUGGGGAUUGUCGCUUGAGAGUAGCGGUGAGGGAGCGGAACGGACAAUGCGUGUAAGGGCGUUGCCUGAUUUGCCAUCGAAGCGCGACGCCAGGCGCAAGCAUCCGUUCUACAAGACUUUCAUGAAGCCGCCGGUGAAGACGGAGUGGCGCAUUCAAAGUGUUAACGGUGUUCCCAGUUUGAGGGCGGCCGAGUUUCUUGACAUCAUGCGGCGCGCCCUCAGGAUGCGCAUCCAGUUCUUCAAGGGACGAUAG